AUGAAGACGAAGUCGAAGCCUCCUAUGGCACAAGAGGAAUUCACAGAGAAAAUCAUGUCUUCUACAAGGUUAUUGUUGUUGGUUUCGAAGGCGAAGUUAACCCCAAAGGAACUCCACAUUGGGGCACACGGCCUACAAUGGAAUGAGCAGGAAGAGGGGAAUUCCUCCGCUCUGCACUGGACAUUAUCAUUAUCGACACCUGGUAUUGGGCACCGUAAUGUAAUUGAUCACAACAUCGUUAGUGAAAGGUUUUCGUCGAUAGAAGUCGCUGUUGUACCAAAGUUCUAUGCUGGGACAUUUUCAGGACCAUACGACAAAAGCGAAGAGUUUAAAACCGCCAUGAGACGUCUGUCUACAGAAUGUCUAGAGCCAAUAAAUCAGUACAGAGCUGCACGAGCUGCAGGCAACGACGAACUUAUGCGCGAACUCGCGAGGCUUUGCCCAGUAGUGAUAUAG